CCCAGCCUCACCAUGGCCAAGGGCUUCUACAUUUCCAAGCCAUUGGGCAUCUUGGGCAUCAUCCUGGGUGUGGCUGCUCUGUGCACCAUCGUGGCCCUGUCCGUGGUGUACGCCCAGGAGAAGAGCAAGAACUCGGCUGAGAGCCCCUGCGUGGCUCCCACAAGCCCUACCACCACCACCACCACCACGCCGACCACCACCACCACCAUGGACCAGAGCCUGCCAUGGAACCAGUACCGCCUGCCCAGGACGCUCAUCCCUGACUCCUACAACGUGGUCCUGCGGCCCUACCUCACCCCCAACGACCAGAACUUCUACAUCUUCACGGGCAACAGCACAGUCCGCUUCACCUGCCAGCAGGCCACCAAUGUCAUCAUCAUCCACAGCAAGAAGCUCAACUAUACCACCUUUCAGGGCCACCAUGUGGUGCUGCGGGGCGUGGGGGGCUCCCAGCCACCUGCCAUCGACCGCACGGAGCUGGUGGAGCUCACCGAGUACUUAGUGGUGCACCUGCAGGGCUCGCUGACGGCGGGCAGCCAGUACGAGAUGGACACUGUGUUCCAGGGCGAGUUGGCUGACGACUUGGCAGGCUUCUACCGCAGCGAGUACACGGAGGGCAACAUCAGAAAGGUGGUGGCCACCACACAGAUGCAGGCUGCGGAUGCCCGGAAAUCCUUCCCGUGCUUUGAUGAGCCAGCAAUGAAGGCCACGUUCAACAUCACACUCAUCCACCCUGCAAACCACACGGCCCUCUCCAACAUGCCUCCCAAAAGUAGCACCCCACUUCCUGGAGACCCCAGCUGGAACGUCACGGAAUACGAGACCACCCCCAGGAUGUCCACGUACCUGCUGGCCUACAUUGUCAGUGAAUUCACAAGCAUAGAGAAUUAUACACCCAAUAAUGUUCAGAUCCGCAUCUGGGCUAGACCAGCUGCCAUUGAUGAAGGCCACGGCGAGUAUGCCCUGAAUGUGACUGGUCCCAUCCUUGAAUUCUUUGCUCAACACUACAGCACACCCUACCCGCUGCCCAAAUCUGACCAGAUUGCCCUGCCUGACUUCAAUGCUGGCGCCAUGGAGAACUGGGGACUGGUGACCUACCGGGAGAACGCCCUGCUCUAUGACCCCGUGUCCUCCUCCAUCGGCAAUAAGGAGCGGGUGGUCACUGUGGUGGCUCAUGAGCUAGCCCACCAGUGGUUCGGCAACCUGGUGACCGUGGACUGGUGGAACGACCUGUGGCUGAACGAGGGCUUUGCCUCCUAUGUGGAGUACCUGGGUGCUGACUACGCCGAACCCACCUGGAAUCUGAGGGACCUCAUAGUGCUGAACGACCUGCACUAUGUGAUGGCUGUGGAUGCCCUGGCCUCCUCCCACCCCCUGUCCUCACCGGCCGACGAGGUCAUGACGCCUGCCCAGAUCAGCGAGCUCUUUGACUCCAUCACCUACAACAAGGGCGCCUCUGUGCUCAGGAUGCUGUCUACUUUCCUGACUGAGGACCUAUUCAAGUUGGGCUUGGCGUCCUACCUGCACACCUUCUCCUACAACAACACCGUCUACCUGGACCUGUGGGAGCACCUGCAGCAGGCCGUUGACAAUCAGAAUCAGAUCCAGCUGCCUGCCUCAGUGCGUGACAUCAUGGACCGCUGGAUCCUGCAGAUGGGCUUCCCCGUGGUCACCAUCAAUACCACCACAGGGACCAUCUCCCAGGAGCACUUCCUCCUGGACCCUGAGUCCAACGUCACUCGCCCAUCCGAGUUCAACUACCUGUGGAUUGUGCCUGUGUCAUCCAUAAAAAGUGGCCAGCAGCAGGAGGGAUUCUGGCUACAGAAUGCUCAAGCCCAGAACCCGCUGUUCAGAGCAGAAGGCAAUGACUGGGUGCUUGCAAACAUCAAUGUGACGGGGUAUUACCAGGUGAACUACGACGAAGACAACUGGAGGAGGCUUCAGGCUCAGCUGCAGAGUGACCCAUCGGUCAUCCCUGUCAUUAACCGGGCACAGAUCAUCCAUGAUGGCUUCAACAUGGCCAGUGCCAAGAGAAUCCCCGUGACCCUGGCCCUGAAUAACACCCUCUUCCUGAUUCGAGAGACGGAGUACAUGCCCUGGGAGGCCGCCCUCAGCAGCCUCAACUACUUCAGGCUCAUGUUCGACCGCUCCGAGGUCUACGGCCCCAUGAAGAACUACCUGAGGAAGCAGGUCCAGCCCCUGUUCGAGCACUUCAGAACUAUAACCAACGAAUGGCAAAAUCGCCCAGGGACUCUGAUGGAACAGUACAACGAGGUGAACGCCAUCAGCACCGCCUGCUCCAAUGGGCUUCCGGAGUGUCAUACCCUGGUCACUAACCUCUACAACCAGUGGAUGGUUAACCCAAGUGAAAACCCGAUCCACCCCAACCUGCGCUCCACCGUCUACUGCAACGCCAUUGCCCAGGGUGGAGAGAGGGAGUGGGACUUUGCCUGGGAGCAGUUCCAGAAGGAGACCCUGGUGAACGAGGCUGACAAGCUCCGGACAGCCCUGGCUUGCAGCAACGAAGUGUGGAUCCUGAAUAGGUACCUGAGCUAUACCCUGAACUCCGAUUACAUCCGGAGGCAGGACGCCACCUCCACCAUCAACAACAUUGCCAACAACGUCGUCGGCCAGUCGCUGGUCUGGGACUUCAUCCAGAGCAACUGGAAGAGGCUCUUUGAGGACUAUGGCGGCGGCUCCUUCUCCUUCUCCAGCCUCAUCCGCACGGUGACCCGCCGCUUCUCCACUGAGUAUGAGCUGCAGCAGCUGGAGCAGUUUAGGUUGAACAACUUGGACACGGGCUUCGGCUCAGGCACCCGGGCACUGGAGCAGGCCCUGGAGCAGACGAGAGCCAACAUCAAGUGGGUGAGCGAGAACCGGGAUGCUGUGCUCACGUGGUUCACGGAAAACAGCGCCUAGUCCCGGACCUUCGUGUCGCCUGGCCACACACAAAGUGCCCAGGUGUGCCAGAGGCCACAGCAAGUGCCAGUUCCUGAAGCACCAGCGUCCUGAGCCCUAAAGGACUGAGUUCUUUCUGCCCUGCCAGUCAGGC